AUGGCAGUGAUUGAGCACGCGAUUGGAGGCGACGCGGAUGAAAAGGCAGCGAGUACGACGACGACAGCGACAGCGACGACGACGACAGCGACAGCGACGACGACGACGGCCGAUCGAGCACGCCGAGGCUCUGGUGGUGGUCUUGAUUACCGGGCUUGGCGUGGUGUGCGGCAUUUGAUUGAUGCGAGUGCGGCGGUAGGAACGAUGUAUGAGGUGCACUUGCGGGUGGCGGACGCGAGCGGCAACGUUGGGAGGACGAGUUUCAACAUGACGGUUGUGGACACUGUGGCGCCUCGGCUUGAGCUGCUGUUUGGAGAGUACCGGCAUGAUGAGGCGAGUGGGACGACGUAUGUUGUGGGGGGAGCGGAGUAUGUUGAGCCCGGAUGGGAGGCGUACGACGACUAUGCCGGGGACGUGAGCGGUCGUGUGAAACAGGCGGUUGUAUUGCGAUCAUCGGACACUGCUACGGCUACGGCUAAGGACACAGCCACGAAGACGGACAUGGACAUGGAUGCGGGCGGUGAUGCAGGCUCUGGUGCGGGGACACGGUGGAUGAUUGUGGCGUACAGCGUGCAGGACGACCACCAGAAUGUGAUGAGGGUGAAUCGUACAGUUGUGUUUGAGGCGGAGCCAUCGGGGCCACCGUCGUCAUCAUCGUCGUCGACGUCAUCUGGCGGAGGGCUUUCGGGUGCGACGCUGGGGGCGAGCGUGGGAGGCAUUCUUAUUGUGGUGGUGGUGUUUAUUUUGUUUGUGGUGUGGCGUCGUCGUCGCGGCGGGGGCGGUGGGCGAGCGGAACUUGGGCUCAAGACGGCGCGGAUGGUGCAUGAGCUGGACGACGGGACGAUGGCGGGAGCUGUGAACCCGAUGUAUGAUGAGGAUGUUGGGUUGUGGCAGCUUGGGGUGGUGCCGAGCGGAGUGACUGAGCAGGAGCUGUAUGGUGAUGUGGAGGCGUUUGACGAACCAGAUGCUCAGAACUCAGACGCUGAGACUGGAACAUCCUCCGGCGUCAAGGCCAAUGUCAUUCUAAACCCUGGCUACCGGGGUCAAAGCUUGUAUCAUCAUUUGGAAGCUUCAACGGAGCCGCGUGGCGCGUACCAGUCGGAGCCCUCUUAUGCCAGCCUUCAGCGUUCGUCAGACUCUCAUGUGCUAGCACCUUUGCAGAACCCAGCCUAUGAAGGUCAUUCCGCUGAGUACUUUGAUCCUCCAGCCGCUGGGACGCCACAAUCCCCUUUUUCAGAGGAGUCCUUGGACGAAGGCGAUGAUUAUCACGCUUUCGAUGAUCCCCACUAUAUCGAAACAGUGUCAAAUCCCGUCGAUGACCCAGUAGAGGACUUCUCGCUCCUGUCGCUCGCGAUCAAUGAUGAGGAGUACCUAGAUGUUGCUUCAAACUAG